AUGACUGACGUCUCGUCCAUGAACCACUGUAGCACGAUCCUAGUGCUGCUUCCUGGUUAUUCAACCAGGCCGCGGGGCUGGAGCCUAGCGGCUCCCAUCUAUCUAUGGAUGGUAGAGCUCAAAAUCCACUACAGAUGGUGCAUCAGAUACGCUGCCGGUGGUGGUGGAGGGUUCAGGGCUACUGAUAUGAGUCGAGAAGGCGAUGAUCUUGCCAUCGGGUGUCGGGAGCAUUCGCAAGUACACAUGCUCGACCAUAGUGUGAUUGACCCUCACUGGACGUCUGCGGGAAGUGGUGGUGCUGCUUUGGUAUCUGGAGAUUUCAAUUAUGCGAACAUAAUGAGGAUCUAUUCUUUCGACCCAUCCUCACCUUCCAUACCCGAGAGGAAGAGAUUGAAAUUCGAGCCGAGUAGGAAAACUCUCGAACUCGUGACACAUGACAUGUCGUCAAAGUGCUGCCCGCUCACCCGGAGCAUAGAAUAUCAGUGUGACGUGAGGAUGUGUCGAAAAAAUCUGCAGAUCCUCAUUGUGUCCGCAAAAUCGACAUCUCAGAUACCACAACAGUACCACCACUUCCCGCAGACGCCCAGUGAGGGCCGAUCACACUAUGGUCGAGCAUGUGUGCCCAUUGAUUUCAAAAAAAGAAAAAGUACUUGCGAUUGCUCCCGACACCCAAUGACAAGAUCAUCGCUUCUCGACUGA